AUGAGGCCUCUCACCGACACCGAGACCCAGACGCUCUUCACCAAGCUGGCCAACUACACCGGCCGCUCGCUGAACCACCUCAUCGCCCCGCAAAACGGCCCCGACAACGACCGCCAUGUCUUCCGCAUCCAGCACAACCGCGUCUACUACGUGCGCGAGAGCAUCGCCAACCUCGCCACCAGCAUCGCCCGCCCCAACCUGCUCUCGCUCGGCACCUGCAUUGGCAAGUUCACCAAGACGGGCAAGUUUCGCCUGCACAUCACCGCCCUGGACGCCAUUGCUCCCCACGCCCGCUACAAGGUCUGGAUCAAGCCCAACGGCGAGAUGCCCUUCCUGUACGGCGGCAACGUGCUGAAGGCCCACGUCGGCCGCUGGAGCGAGGACUGUCCCGAGCACCAGGGCGUCGUCGUCUACUCCAUGGACGACACCCCGCUGGGCUUCGGUGUCACUUCCCGCUCCACUGCUGAGGCUCGCCGUCUCGAUCCGACCGGCAUCGCCACCUUCAGGCAGGCCGACAUUGGCGAGUACCUGAGAGAGGAAGACACCCUCUUCACCACCACCUGA